AUGUACAAAAGGGCACUAAAGCGAUACCACUGGGAGCUUAUACAUGAAGAUUUGAAAUACCUCUUUUCCCAGCACAACAGAGACACCCUUGUACAAAUCAAAGCUCAUCCCUGGCAACGGUUCGCCAGCAAGGAAGAGCUGUGGCACAGAGGGUUCAUCCCUGCAUUGCUAUGCAAUGGGAGAUACGAAAGAUUUACGCUAAGGCGCGAGGAGAUUGAACGAGUUGCAUUCGAGGAACCGGAAGGCCAUUUGUCCAACCUAUUUAAAGGACGGAUGUUUCACAUUGAUUUGGGAGGAGUGGCUGAAAAGUGCCUGGUAUCACACGUACAGUCAGAUCCAGUGGCGAAAAAACUCUACUUUAUAAAGUUUAACAGGCAUGUACCAGGAGAAAUCAGCUUGGUCGACAUUCCCUGCACGUUAAUUGGCCUGCUAGGGUGCCCUGCCUAUAUAAAGGGCUGUCAUGUAGAACUUUCGAUGCAAUCUAUCAAAUGCGAGGUGUUCGGCGAAACUGUGCCACCACCUUUCCAAAUAGACGUAUCCAAACUCGACUAUAACCAUCCCUACACGGCAAUCAGACUCAAGGACCUAGAGUGCUUACUUCCGGACGAUGGAAAGACACUGUUUGACCGCCAUUAUACACUGGAUGAGGAAGUAGUAUGGGCCUACAUACCUAACACCAUCGCAGAGACGCCGCUUCCAGCGAACUAUAAGGACCCAAACUUCACUAACCGUAGGGGCGGGCGCAUUAACUUGACAUUUUCUGGCACAAUGCCCAAACAGUAG